UUAGGUUGGCGGCUAUGGGCACUGGGGGCGGGUGGCUUUUGCUGCCGCCGCCGCCAGCGACCCGUCGUCGGGGUCCUGCGUGAGGUCCGGCUGGCCCGGACUCGCCUGUGGGGUGGGAUGGACUGGUUACCGGACCAAGUCCCCUGCAGUUGGCAGGAGUAUGGGGCGGAGUGAUGCACGCCCCGGCGCCCAGUGUCGUUCUAGUUGUCAGAGGCAUCACUUCGGACCGUGCGCUGCCGGUGGCUGCGGUCCCGAGCCGGGAGCCCCUUUGCCGGGGUUGGAACUACGCUGCGCGGCCAGCGGGAGGUCCCCAAGGACGGAGUCGAAAGGUCAUAUCUUAUCUGUCAGUGCUGUGUACAGCAUCCCGACCGCACCUGCAGAGCCGGAACUAGGUCCGUAAUGCCUCCUGCCUGGCUCUUUCAAGAUGGAGGAGAAACCGGUGGGAGAGCCUACUCAAGUGGUGUCUAAAUUCAAACUUUCCACCAAGGGAGAGAGUGCAGGACACUGGCUGGUGGAGGACCAUGCGCGGAUAUGGGAAGUUCUAAAGACAGAGGAGAGCUCGAUUCAGGACUGGGGUGAAGAGGUAGAGGAAGGAGCUGUUUACCAUGUCACCCUCAAAAGAGUCCAGAUUCAACAGGCUGCCAAUAAAGGAGCAAGAUGGCUAGGGGUUGAAGGGGACCAGCUGCCUCCAGGACACACAGUCAGUCAAUAUGAGACCUGUAAGAUCAGGACCAUAAAAGCUGGCACCUUGGAGAAGCUUGUGGAGAACCUGCUGACGGCGUUUGGGGACAAUGACUUCACCUAUAUCAGCAUCUUUCUGUCCACAUACAGAGGCUUUGCCUCCACCAAAGAGGUGCUGGAGCUGCUGCUGGACAGGUAUGGAAACCUGACAAGCCCAAACUGUGAAGAGGAUGAAAGCCCCAGUUCAUCAGAGUCUAAGAUGGUGAUCAGGAAUGCAAUCGCCUCAAUCCUGAGGGCCUGGCUUGACCAGUGUGCAGAGGACUUCCGAGAACCCCCUCACUUCCCUUGCUUACAGAAACUGCUGGAUUAUCUCAAACGGAUGAUGCCAGGCUCCGAUCCGGAGAGAAGAGCGCAAAAUCUUCUGGAGCAGUUUCACAAGCAAGAAGUGGAAACUGACAAUGGGUUUCCCAACACCAUCUUCUUCAGCCUGGACGAGGAAGAGGAACCGGAAGGUGGAGGGCCUGCAGAAUUCACGUGCUUCCCAGAAGACCUUGUGGCAGAGCAGCUGACCUACAUGGACGCUCAACUAUUCAAGAAAGUAGUGCCUCACCACUGCCUGGGCUGCAUUUGGUCUCAGAGGGAUAAGAAGGAAAACAAACAUUUGGCUCCUACCAUCCGUGCCACCAUCUCUCAGUUUAACACCCUCACCAAAUGUGUUGUCAGCACCAUCCUGGGGGGCAGAGAACUGAAAACUCAACAGAGAGCCAAAGUCAUCGAGAAGUGGAUUAACAUUGCUCAUGAAUGUAGAAUCCUGAAGAAUUUUUCUUCCUUGAGGGCCAUCAUUUCGGCACUGCAGUCCAAUUCCAUCUAUAGGUUAAAAAAGACCUGGGCCGUCGUCCCAAAGGACCGGAUGCUGAUGUUUGAAGAGCUUUCAGAUAUCUUCUCUGACCAUAAUAACCAUUUGACCAGCCGGGAACUCCUAAUGAAGGAAGGAACCUCAAAAUUUGCAAACCUGGACAGCAGUGUGAAAGAAAACCAGAAGCGGACUCAGAGGAGGCUUCAGCUCCAGAAGGACAUGGGUGUGAUGCAGGGAACCGUGCCCUACCUGGGCACCUUCCUGACCGACCUCACCAUGCUUGACACUGCUCUUCAGGACUACAUUGAGGGUGGGCUGAUAAACUUUGAGAAAAGGAGAAGGGAAUUCGAAGUGAUUGCCCAAAUAAAACUCUUACAGUCUGCCUGCAACAGCUAUUGUAUGACCCCAGACCAAAAGUUCAUCCAGUGGUUCCAGAGACAGCAGCUUCUAACAGAGGAGGAAAGCUACGCCCUGUCCUGCGAGAUUGAAGCGGCUGCUGACGCCAGUGCCACCUCUCCCAAGCCUCGGAAGAGCAUGGUGAAGAGGCUCAGCCUACUCUUUCUGGGGUCGGACAUGAUUACCAGUAGCACUCCCACCAAAGAGCAGCCCAAGUCCACUGCCAGUGGGAGCUCUGGUGAAAGCAUGGACUCUGUCAGCGUGUCGUCCUGUGAGUCAAACCACUCAGAGGCCGAGGAGGGCUCUAUCACCCCCAUGGACACACCGGAUGAGCCUCAAAAAAAGCUCUCUGAGUCUUCCUCAUCAUGUUCCUCUAUCCAUUCCAUGGACACAACUUCCUCAGGGAUGUCGUCCUUAAUAAACCCCCUCUCCUCUCCUCCAUCCUGCAACAACAACCCCAAAAUCCACAAGCGCUCCGUCUCUGUGACAUCCAUUACCUCGACAGUGCUGCCUCCCAUUUACAACCAACAGAACGAAGACACCUGCAUAAUCCGCAUCAGUAUAGAGGACAACAAUGGCAACAUGUACAAGAGCAUCAUGUUGACGAGCCAGGAUAAAACCCCCGCCGUGAUCCAGAGGGCGAUGCUGAAGCACAACCUGGACUCGGACCCAGCGGAGGAGUACGAGCUGGUACAGGUCAUCUCGGAGGACAAAGAACUAGUGAUCCCAGACUCAGCCAAUGUCUUUUAUGCCAUGAACAGCCAAGUGAACUUUGACUUCAUUUUACGCAAAAAGAACUCCAUGGAAGAACAAGUGAAAUUGCGUAGCCGGACCAGCUUGACAUUGCCCAGGACAGCUAAACGGGGCUGCUGGAGCAAUAGGCACAGCAAAAUCACCCUCUGAAGCGAGGGACCAAUGGCCCCUUGCUCGCCAAAGGCGGAGCGGGGCUGAGAACAGGCCGUGGUGAUUGCAACGACCAUCCAGUGUUAGAGGAUCAUUGGUGAAGUCCACAGCUAUUUAUUGAGUACCUCUGGUGUGGAAGGCACUAUGACAGGCAUCGUGGGGGAAAUCGGAGAUGAGUUUGACAUGAAAAGGAUGAAUGUUUCACUGAUUCUCUUUGACCUAUUUGAGACUGAAAUGCAAAAUUAUCCACUUUUAUAAAUAAAUAUAUAUGUACACAUA